UCCAAGUAUCAGCAGCACACAUUUUUGAUGCUCGUGAUGUUCUCUCACGCAAACCAUCAUCCAGCAAUAAACAUCAGCAUCAGCUAGCCAAAAGUGUCGGGACUGCAGCGUUUCGUCGCGUUCACUUGCGAUUAUCGAUAGCGCAAUACCAAUUCACGGGAAACAAGACGGUUUGCUUUAUUGUGUUUGUUAUACGGACCCCAGACCCAUCGCUUCAUCGCACGCGUUCGAUUCCCCCCGCAGGGUGGUGGUGCAGUUAUUUACCUGUGUAUACUCCCCAUAGUGUUGCUGCUGAUUUGGACGACCAAAACUGUUUCCCAUUCCUAUCAUUAUAUUGCCCGUCAUAUUUAUCGACCAGAGUGCAUUCAGUGCUGGCGCUUUAUGGUUUCCAAUCGGGUGCUCGCGAUUUGAAUCGGAAAAUUACUGCGGGAGACUUGCACGAGACGAAUAUUAUUCCCGAUGCGUAAUCUGCUUCAUCAUCAUCAGCGAGAAGGGGGUUCGGUUUCUCAGCAAAAGUUGAUGUGGUUUGUGUGAAAGAUACGGGACGAAUCGUCGUCGCUAGUCGUCAGGCAGAGAAGAAAAAAAAAGAGUCGAGGGUUCUAUAUCAUUCAGUGGAAGUGCAAAAAGAUUGGUGCGUUUGCGGGUGGUGCAAAGAAAAAGGGCAAGUUAUGCUCUGUUACAAAUUUGUGCGAAUGUGAUAUAAUCGUUGUUGGAAAGUUUUCCGUCGCCUAAUUACUAACUCGUCGGUAGAGGGUUGACGAAGGGAGAAGUGUUUCCGUGACAGAUUCGGCGAUCGGCGAAGAAAAAGUCAGCGAAAAUUUUAGUAAUUUGGACCGAUUCGAUUCUAGCAGCAAAGGACAAAUUUGAAAAUAGUUCGAGCGAGACGUAAAAUCUUCAAUACCAUCAACCGUAACCGGUGGAAGGUAGCGACGGAAGGAGCAGUCAGCUUGCUGAACCCAAUGAACUUGGCCCCUCCGCACGACCGCACGGCUCCGAUAAUAAAAUACUCAAUUAAAAUCGUACACAAGAGUCGAAAAAGUCAAGCAAGUGCAGACGCGUUCUAGCAAUCGGACCAUCAGUUGGUUAGUUAGUGCAUUCCUUAGAAGACCUCGCCGGAUGAGCAGAUCGGUCGCGGUUGGUGGUUCUUGGCAGCGGAUGCUGAAUUGAUGAAUUGACUCUUCCGUGACUUUUGCUGCGUCGCCGGUUCAUCCCUCGUCGUUCAGUUUCUUGUAUGCUUUUUGAAACAUUGAGAUGCUGCUAACAAAUGACUAUUUCAGUAAGAGAAAUACCCACCAGCGGAAUCUCAAGACCACAAUACUUACUAGUUUUAUCAAAAAGAUGGCUUUCACUGGAUCGCUCCGGAAGACGCUGUUCGGGCUGCUGCUGGUGAUGGUAUUCCUGGUGAUGUUCCUUUACUGGAACGAAAAUCAAAGUUCGCUGAAGCCGGCAGGACCUUCGAUGCUGUUUGCGGGAAUACUCAACCGGGAUGCAGGUGGAGGAAAUAGCGGGAGUUUCCUGGGUGGAGCGCUGCCACCACCGAAGAUAAGUCCACCGGAGAAAAUCUGGACGUACAAGUGCGUUAACAAUCGCUGCCUCCGACAGCACUACGUCGCCGCCGAUCACCCGGAGAGUGCUGGCAGUGGGUCCGGAAAGCGAGUUCCAUUCCUGACCUGCACGAUGACCUGCGGUCCCAUCAACAUUUGGCCACAGCCAACGGGGAAGACCACUAUCGGUAGUAAGGCAUCGCGCUUCCAGUUGGCAGAUACUUUCGUGCACAUUAAAACCAACUUCAAACCGGUUGAGAACCUGCUGAGGGAGGCUUUCGGAGUGUUUCGCGACGAGUUGCGAGCUGUGCUAGUGGCACACGGUGUUCCUAGAGACGAUGUGGAUAGCUCUUCCAUGACGGAAGAUAACGAAGUUACUAAGGGGAGGGAUUCAGAUUCGGAAAUAGCGGAGAACCCUGGAAUGAUUCGCUUUUCCAAAGCGGCAGAUGAGAAUCGGUUCGACAUCGAGAAGUUUGACGUACGAAUAACAGUACAGAAAUCGCCGGAGACUCACCUGACACUGCAUACCGAUGAAAGUUACAAUUUAUCCGUAUCACACACGGCACGUAUCUUAACGGCGAAAAUUUUUGCCAACAGCUUUUUCGGUGCAAAGCACGCCCUUACGACGCUGCAACAAUUGGUCUGGUUCGACGACGAAGAACGUAUUCUGAAAAUACUCAACAAAGCCUUAAUUGAAGAUGUGCCAAGAUUCAAUUUCCGCGGCCUUAUGUUGGACACAUCGAGACACUACUUCUCAGUGGAGUCGAUAAAGCGUACACUUGUGGGAAUGUCACACUCGAAGCUGAAUCGUUUUCACUGGCACAUUACAGAUUCGCAAAGUUUUCCUCUUGUCUCCAAGCACUAUCCCCAGCUGGCCCACUAUGGAGCCUACUCGGACAAGGAAGUGUACACUAGCGAUGAUAUGAAAGAAAUUGUUAACUUUGCUAAAGUUCGUGGUAUUCAGAUCAUACCGGAAAUUGACGCACCGGCACACGCCGGUAAUGGGUGGGACUGGGGACCGAAGCAUAAUAUGGGCGAACUAAGUCUGUGCAUCAACCAGCAACCGUGGAGUUAUUACUGUGGGGAACCGCCUUGCGGUCAGCUAAACCCCAAAAACAACAACACUUAUUUGAUACUGCAGCGUCUGUAUGAGGAACUUUUGGAUCUUACCGGACCGCUGGAUUAUUUUCACUUGGGAGGGGAUGAGGUGAAUCUGGAAUGUUGGCAGCAACAUUUCAACGAAUCGGAUAUGCGAACUCUGUGGUGUGAUUUCAUGCAGCAGGCCUAUCACCGGCUGCAGGUAGCCAACCAGGGAAUCGCGCCAAAGCUUGUCGCGGUAUGGUCCAGCGGCCUGACCGGUUACCCGUGUCUUUCAAAGAAUGCCUACGCUGUUCAAAUUUGGGGCGGUAGUAAGUGGCCGGAAAACUAUCAACUGAUUAAUGCUGGCUUCAAUGUUGUGAUGUCGCAUGUGGAUGCGUGGUACUUGGAUUGCGGAUUUGGUAGUUGGCGGUCUACUGCCGAAGGUGCCUGUUCGCCGUACCGCAACUGGCAGACGGUGUACAAGCACCGACCGUGGGAUGAGUUGAAGCUCACCUCGUUGCAGAUGCGGCAAGUUCUCGGUGGCGAAGCUUGCCUCUGGACCGAACAGGUGGACGAGUCGACGCUGGACUCACGCCUGUGGCCGCGCGCAUCCGCUCUCGCAGAACGACUGUGGACCGAUCCGGUCGAGGAAAUUUACAGUGAGUCCGUGCCGAAGGAAACCUUCAAUCGGAUGUCCGUGUUCCGAAAUCACCUGCUCGAACUGGGCCUGCGGGCCGAACCGAUCUUCCCUAAGUACUGCGCCCAGAACCAGGACGAAUGUGUAUGAUAUUUCAUGAACCCAUUCUACUAGAAUGUGGCCCACUAGGAAGGCGCGGGCGAUGGCGUUGUUUGUUGCUAGGUUUUUGUAAGGAUUGUAAAUAUUUGUGCGCUUAGGAUACAGAACACUUGAUUAUGGUUUCAGCAAAGGAGCGACGAAUUGGUGCUCUGGCACCUUCGGUAUUACGGGCGGUUCUGGGACAUGGUUAGAUUUUCUUUUCAUAGCCGUCCGUGCAGCAAUAGCGAAAAUUGUGCUAGCAAAAGUGAGAAAAGUGUCUACCAAUACUGAUGGUUGUAUACUGAGAGAACAACAGUGAUCUAAUUCACGAUAUUUCAAAAGCGGUAUAUUUUUAAUACUAUAUUUUAGUACUCAACUUGAGGACAAGGACGUACAUGCCUUGCUUGAAUCUGUAGUAGUAGACAGUGAUAAAUCAACUAAGAAUAUUGAGACAAAAAAACACCAUACGGUAUCUCAUGCAAGUCGGUCUCGACGGGGCCGAACACUACCAGGUACUUACCUUUAUAAUUUUUGUAUUGCUUGUGACUAAAGUGCAAUGCAAGUAGGUUUUUGUUAACUUGGCAGUAUUUCGCUCUAGUUUUCCCCUAAAUAGGUUAUGCAAACUUACAACCUAAAUAAGGUUAGAUAUUAUAGUUAGAAAAGUUAUGAAAUUAAAUAGGGAGAAGCGUAAUCCAUACAUCAAAUUAUAUUUGAAAGCCUUUUCAAAGAAACGCAUUUGCUUUUGCAUCAGUUCAUUUUUCGACAGGAUUGUUACAAAUCGUUAGAAGCCAUUGUGUAAAAAAACUAGCAGAGAUUUAUUCUUAUGACUUGAUGUGAAUCGACGAAUGCCACGAGGCUCUCGGUAAUGUUUUCGUUAACUAGACAAACAUAGGAUAUUAUUACAUUGAAUCGAACAAAGCGCCAUAUUUGGUAUGCUCUCUCUAUCUUUGUUAGCAGGUUGGAAAACAAUCAAAACCUUUGAAAAUAA